ACGUGGGACAGUGCGUUUGUGUCAUGCCGAAUUUGUUGUCAAGUGUUUGUGUUUUUAAUGUCAGUAGUUCUAUUUUGACAUAUUUUUGACAUUACUUGUGUGGGAUAUUGGACAGUAACUGUGACGACUUAUCAUGAUGCCGGGGGAGAAUCUUUCUAAAAUCGCUUCAGGAGCAACUACUGGAGCCUGUCAAAACUGCACUGUGCUUCACCAGAACCUAAACGAAUAUGUGGCAGCUCUCCUGGUUUUGAAACAGACAACUAUUGACUCCGAGGAGACCAGUAAGCAGCGUAUACAACUUGAUGAUCUGCAGUUGAAAGUAGCUUCUCUGGGAAAGCAACAUGCAGAGUACGAAGCCAUGCGGGCAGAGCUGGAGGCUAAGCAGAGCGCUGAGAAGUUGUCCCAGCAGCUUUUGGAGGAAGUGGAGAGGCUGAAGGAGCAGAACAACAACACAGAGACUCUAAAGAAGAGACUUGAGGACCAGCUGAAGAUGGUAGCAGAGACAACAGAGAAGCAGUGUGUGGAUAAUGUCCAGCUGAGACAGGAGAAGACGGCACUGCAGAAAGACCUGCUGAAAACACAGGUGUCGUUGAAGACAUGCCAGAAGGUAGCAGAGGAAGUGCAGCGGUUGAAGGAGGACAACGCCAGGACAUCCGUUCUAAAAUACGACCUGGAAAAACAACUUGUACUGUUUCAAGAUUCUCAACUCAAGCAAGAGCGUGACAUUACCAGGCUGAAAACAGAGAAGAUUGUACUGGAGAACAAGCUUCUACAUCUUCAGGAACGACUAGAGAAACUGGAGACGGAGAAGAAUAAAGUAUUAAAGAGCACAUCAACUCAAGCAACGGCACCUGAAGAAACACAGGUGGACAAAGAGAAGAUCCAGAGGCUGCUGGAGGAUCUAUGGGUGUGUGUAGCUCCUCCCUCAUCACACCUCCCUGCCAGGAGGAAACAGCAGUUAAAGGAGCACCUACAAGACUGCAGGACAGUUGAACCCCACAGACCUGACAGUGACCCGCCAGGCCACGGACCCAGCAGGAACAGUGACCCGCCAGGCCACGGACCCAGCAGGAACAGUGACCCGCCAGGCCACGGACCCAGCAAGAACAGUGACCCGCCAGGCCACGGACCCAGCAAGAACAGUGACCCGCCAGGCCACGGACCCAGCAGGAACAGUGACCCGCCAGGCCACGGACCCAGCAGGAACAGUGACCCGCCAGGCCACGGACCCAGCAGGAACAGUGACCCGCCAGGCCACGGACCCAGCAAGAACAGUGACCCGGCAGGACACGGACCCGGCAGGAACAGUGACCCGCCAGGCCACGGACCCAGCAGGAACAGUGACCCGGCAGGACACGGACCCGGCAGGAACAGUGACCCGCCAGGCCAUGGACCCGGCAGGAACAGUGACCCGGCAGGACACGGACCCGGCAGGAACAGUGACCCGCCAGGCCAUGGACCUGGCAGGAACAGUGACCCGGCAGGCCAUGGCCCCUCAAGGAACAGUGACCCGUCAGGUCAUGGACCCAGCAGGAACAGUGACCCGCUAGGCCCUGGUCCCGGUAGGAACAGUGACCCGCCAGGCCCUGGUCCCGGUAGGAACAAUGACCUGGCAGGUCAUGGACCCGGCAGGAACAUUGACCCGCCAGGCCAUGAACAUAGUAGAUCAGUUGAGGAGAUCCUGGACUGGUUCAGGCCGCUGCCCCCUGUCCUCUCCCCCUUACCCUGCUCCUCAGCUCAGGAGAGUUUGGAUGAUGUCUUGGAGUCCAGAGCUCGAGGGACCAGAUCUCCUCUAGAGAACAGAAACCACUCUGUCUACACUACAGGACCAGCCAAUCAGACAGCAGGACAGCAGCCUGGACCAGCCAAUCAGACAGCAGGACAUAAAACUGGACCAGCCAAUCAGAUGGCCCUUGUUUUGGCAGGACAACAGCCUGCAGACUCCUCAGUGGAACUACCAUCAGACAGAAUUAAUUUUACUCCGAGAGAAAGCCCUGUUUCAGACAGCACUAAUUCUAUUCUGAGACAAAGCCCUGAUCUGGCCACCGGGACCUCAGGAGAGACAGAGAUGAACAGUGUGGCUGUCUGUGAACAUGAAGACAUGCAGGUAGAACCAGCUGCUGAAACCAUCCAGUCCCCAUCAGGAGAGACUCAAACCUCAUCUAAUGAUCUACCGUCCUUUACCAAAGCCACAGAGUGUCUCCCAAACUCAGUAGAGCAUCCAGGCAACCUCUCUGUCCAUACUGGGGGCGUUCAGAACUCACUCACCCAAACACAAGGAGAAGAAGUGCAGGACUUCUCACCAGACAUGACAGAGAUGGAUGUUGAGACUAACCCGUGUUAUAAUGGCUGUGUCUUGGCGGGUCAGAGCAUCAACCAUGGGGACUCAGAGAAAGUAGAAAGCAUUAAAGAUCAGUCAGGAGAGGCCAGCGUGGCUCAAACUCCCUCCACUAAACAGCUGAAACCCAGUCUUCUGGUUGAGUUUUCUGCGGAGACAGUGACUGGUCCAGAACAACUGCCUGAAUGGGCUCCUAACACUCAAUGUAACACAACUGAUCAGAAAGCAGCUCCUCAAGCAUGUCCCCAUAAACAAGACCGGUUGUUUACAGGCCAGGAAUCAGAUAAAGACAAUGAAGAGGGUUUCUCUUGGAAACAGGUUGAUGUACUGUUCCCCCCCAGUCACCCUGCAGAAGGACUGGCCUCCCCCAGUCACCCUACAGAAGGACUGGCCUCCCCCAGUCACCCUACAGAAGGACUGGCCUCCCCCAGUCACCCUACAGAAGGACUGGCCUCCCCCAGUCACCCUACAGAAAGACUGGCCUCCCCCAGUCACCCUACAGAAAGACUGGCCUCCCCCAGUCACCCUACAGAAGGACUGGCCUCCCCCAGUCACCCUACAGAAGGACUGGCCUCCCCCAGUCACCCUGCAGAAGGACUGGCCUCCCAUAGUCACCCUACAGAAAGACUGGCCUCCCCCAGUCACCCUACUGAAGGACUGGCCUCCCAUAGUCACCCUACAGAAAGACUGGCCUACCCCAGUCACCCUACAGAAGGACUGACCUCCCCCAGUCACCCUACAGAAGGACUGGCCUCCCCCAGUCACCCUACUGAAGGACUGGCCUCCCCCAGUCACCCUGCAGAAGGACUGGCCUCCCCCAGUCACCCUACAGAAGGACUGGCCUCCCCCAGUCACCCUACAGAAGGACUGGCCUCCCCCAGUCACCCUGCAGAAGGACUGGCCUCCCCCAGUCACCCUACAGAAGGACUGGCCUCCCCCAGUCACCCUGCAGAAGGACUGGCCUCCCCCAGUCACCCUGCAGAAGGACUGGCCUCCCCCAGUCACCCUGCAGAAGGACUGGCCUCCCCCAGUCACCCUACAGAAGGACUGGCCUCCCCAAGUCACCCUACAGAAGGACUGGCCUCCCCCAGUCACCCUACAGAAGGACUGGCCUCCCCCAGUCACCCUGCAGAAGGACUGGCCUCCCCCAGUCACCCUACAGAAGGACUGAAGGAUGUAGGUAUAGUAUCAACAGUCAUCACGGUGCAUUCCUCUGGGGCAGAGGAAUCAUCAUCUGAACAGAAGUCUCUGGCACCUCUGACAAAAACAAGUGUCCACAUCUCUCCUGACAGUUUAAUGAGCUCUGUAAAGAACGUAGAGAACUGUACUACGACAUCUGAACUCCAUGAAGACAUCCAGGCAACACAACCCAAUGCUCAGAGUAGCAGAAACCAUACAGUUUGCAAGAGGUUACAUAGUCCCAUAUGUCUUUCCCCUGUGGUGAACGUGAAGCUCCUGAGAUCUGGAACACAACCGAAGAGGAUGAAUGGAAGGAAAGAUGCUGAAGACUCAGGGUCUGACGUUAGGAAUCCGCCGUCUCCUACGGAGUUACAGAGUGACGAGCCUUUGAACAACGGUAUGCUGAAAGAUUGUGAUCGCCCAGUCCAUGUUCUACAACACCAGGAUAUGAAAGCUGACCGUAAGCGUCCUACAACCACCGACUGCAUCUCUGAGUCAAGGUCUGAGUCCCAGCUGACAGAUGAAGGGUCUGAGAAACUAGGUGGGAAAGACCAGACUGAGAUGAUCAGUACUAGAAGUGGGCGUGUCAGGAAGAGUCUUGUUAGAUCAAACGCAGUCCAAACCAGCUCAGUGAAAGACGGCGCGGCUCCCGGGGACGGAGCGGCUGCCGGGGACGGAGCGGCUGCCGGGGACGGAGCGGCUCCCGGGGACGGAGCGGCUCCCGGGGACGGAGCGGCUGCCGGGGACGGAGCGGCUCGCGGGGACGGAGCGGCUCGCGGGGACGGAGCGGCUCCCGGGGACGGAGCGGCUCCCGGGGACGGCGCGGCUCCCGGGGACGGCGCGGCUCCCGGGGACGGAGCGGCUCCCGGGGACGGCCAGGAAACGACCACCCUUUCAUGUAAAGUCAUUAUUGAAAGACUCAGCCCUGACAUGAGUGAAGGGAUCAGGCCAGCAGACUUGCCUGUGGGCCACUCCCCAGAACCUACAUGGAAAGUUCCCAUUGGGAAGGUUCGCUUUGAAAUGGGUCCUCCGCUACCUCCUCUUCUGAUGCCUCUCACUGUAACUCCUCCGAGACCGGUAAAACCUGGCAAUCCAAGACAGGUGAUUGGUAAACUGUCCUUUCCCUCACCAAUGGAAGGGCCUGUUUCCCCUGUGGGGUCCCAAACAGCACCUGAUGGUCAGAUGUUGAGCUCCCCGUCUCGAACCACCCCUUCCUCACCACUACAGUUUGGUUCAGCCACUCCUAAACACGCUGUUCCUGUUCCAGGGAGACUUCCUGCCUUCAGCCCCUCCUCUUCCUCCACUAGUCCCGCCCAGGAGAACUCCAUGAGGAUUCUAGACAGCAUGUAUCCAGAAAUGUCUGCCCGUGCCUGGACUCUCGGUAUCCUCCGAGGAAACCUCUCUAUGUCUUCUGCUGAGACAGGGACCACACCUUCCAGCUCUGUCAGUCAGAUAUCUGGCUUCAAAACCAUCAACUCCUCGUCCACGGCUUUCACCAAAACAGAGCAAAGAGGGAAGCGAAGUGGAGUCAACAUGCUUCUACCAAAGAGUGCCAAAAGACUGAGGCUGGAUAACUGCUCCCCCGGCCCUGCUGGGGCGACGGCCGGCCCUGCUGCGAAGGGGAUAUCCUCCACGACAUCAGCCAGUCCUGACCCACUACUCAGGACACCUCAACAUGGGAGUUCUUCACAGCCUACAGAGAAGGAGAAAGUGUUUGGGAAACCAGCAGGCGAAUCCUCCAUAUCCCAGGCCUUAGAGAAGAUAGCAGCCCAGUGUUUUGACCUCUUGCCUGUCAUCAAGAGUCACCUGUUUGUUGGGAAUCUGUCUAGGAAGCCUGUGUUACGGAAUGAGGAGAAGGAGGUCCUCUCUGAGUUCUCAGACAAUCAGCCUCUGGCAGAUGAUCUGAUGUCGGUGAUGCUGACUAAGCUGAAGACUGAGAGGACUGAGCUGCCUGGGUCUCACCUCCAGGCUCUGGUUAGAGUCUACACUGCUCUGUGCCGACGGAGGAGGGACUGGGACAGAGCACAUAUCCUGGCCUACAGCAUCCUUAGAGAAGAUUUCCCUGAGUCAACCAAGCUGGUUCUGUUCAUGGUGACCACAUGGCCCAAUGUGUUCUCCUGCAGGACUGUAGUGUGCCAGGCCAUCCACACGGUCACCAAGGUCAAAGCUCAAGGAGAGGUGCUCCACUGCCUAACUGCUUACCUGGGAUGGGAGACGAGUCCUCCUAGUGACGUGGAUCAGUUGGUGUCCCGCACGUUGACGUCCGUCAGAGCUGCAGCUGAGAUGACCUUCCAGAAACACCCGCGACAGGGACAGGACCUGAACCCCGUUGCCUGGCAACACGUCUUCGCCCUGGAGCUGCUCUGUUCUCAUACACACUGGAAGUGGACCCAUGACAACCUACUGAGUACAGAGCUGUGGCCGAUGAUGAACUCCUGGGUGACCCAGCCCAGGUCAAGACAAACACCCAUCCAGGAUGUCACUGUGGCAGCGGUCCUCAGACUCAUAGGGCGCCUCGGGCAGCUCGGAAUAAAGGAGAGAUGCGGCUCGUCUGUGAAGAACAUCGCCGGGGUCAUCAACACAUUCGCCAGACACGGACAGGCAGAAGGUGUUCCCUGGGAGGUCCAGCUGGCAGCUGUCUACACUGUCUACGACCUGUCGCCUAGCAACCCCAAGGAGGCUCUGGCUGCGCUGGCGUCAUGGCGAGGAGAGACCACCCAGCCCGUCCCCCCCGCUGUCACCAGCUGCAUCACACAGAUCGCCUCGCUCUGCCGACACAUCAAACCCUAGUCCCUAAAACCGAGCUCCUAAUCUCUAGCUCCUAACCCCUAGUCACUUAAACAUAGCUCCUAUUCCCUAGUCUUUAACUCCUAGCUCCUAACCCCUAGUCCCUUAAACGUAGCUCCUAUUCCCUAGUCUUUAACCCCUCCACACCCCUAGCUCCUAACCCCUAGCCCCUAACCACUAGCUCCUAAUCCCUAGUCCUUAAGCCUUCCACGCUCCUAACCCUUAGCUCCUAACCCCUAGGUCCUAAUCCCUAGUCCUUAACACCUCCCCACCCCUAACCCCUAGCUCCUUAACCCCUAGUCUUUAGCAGCUCCACACCCCUAGCUCCUAAUCCCUAGUUCUUAACACCUCCACACCCCUAACCCAUAGCUCCUAAUCCCUCCUAAUCCCUAGCGCCUAACCCAUAGCUCCUAAUCCCUAGCUCCUAACCCCUCCUAAUCCCUAGCUCCUAACCCCUCCUAUCCCCUAGUCCUUAACCCCUCCACACCCCUAACCACUAGUCCUUAACCCUUCCACACCCCUAAUCUCUAGCUCAUAACCCCUAUUCCUUAACCCCUCCACACCCCUAACCACUAGUUCCUAAUCCCUAAUCCUUAACCUUUCCAUACCCCUAAUCUCUAGCUCAUAACCCCUAGUCCUUAACCCUUCCACACCCCUAAUCUCUAGCUCAUAACCCCUAGUCCUUAACCCUUCCACACCCCUAAUCCCUAGCUCCUAACCCCUAGUCCUUAACCCUUCCACACCCCUAAUCCCUAGCUCCUAACCCCUCCUAACCCCUAGCUCCUAAUCCCGAGCUCCUAACCCCUCCUAAACCCUAGCUCCUAACCCCUAGGUCCAUUGCCACUUGUACAGAUCUGAUAGGCAACAUUCUUGGACCUAGGAAAUCCUAUCAGAGGACAAGGUGAAGCAGCAUCCAUUUGACUGUUACCUAUCCAUACCUUUUCAGAUCUGACACCUGAACCCUGCUGUGGACUGAACUUCUGGGACUCGUUUUAAUGUCCAUAUUAUUUAUCUGUUGGUUAACACAUCACGUUCCCCUUGAUGUUCUGUUAAGGUUCUUUAUAUGUUAAGCAUGACUUUGUAAAUAUGAUGUUGUAUACAAUAUCUUCUUACUUUUGUAAAUGUUUUGUAAAUGUUCACUGUUACAGAGCCUAUUAUUUCUAUUUAAUUUGACAAAUUAAAAUCUAAGAGGUAAACAUUGUUUAAUAAUAUGAUUCAAUGAUUGUCUCAUGGAAGACUGCUCCACUUCUCCAUAUUGACCAUCAUCCAUCCAGCAUCCAUUAUCCAUCAUUCAGCCAUCCAUCCAUCCAUUGUUCGUCCAUCAUCCAUCCAGCAUGCAUCCACCAUGCAUCCAUCCAUUGUCCGUCAUUCAUCCAUCCUAUUGUCCGUCAUUCAUCCAUCCAGCAUGCAUCCAUCCAUUGUCCGUCAUUCAUCCAUCCAGCAUGCAUCCAUCAUUCAUCCAUCCAUCCAUUGUCCGUCCAUCAUUAAUUAUCCAUCAUCCAUCCAGCAUGCAUCCAUCCAUUGUCUGUCAUUCAUCCAUCCAUUGUCCGUCAUUCAUCCAUCCAGCAUGCAUCCAUCCAUUGUCCAUCAUUCAUCCAUCCAGCAUGCAUCCAUCAUUCAUCCAUCCAGCAUGCAUCCAUUAUCCAUCAUUUAUCCAUCAAUCAACUAUCCAUGCCACUGCUCUGUCUUGACCUUUAAAGGGUCAUUAUUACUGACCAGUCAAACUAAACUGGGAUAGUGGUGAAAAGCCUGUUCUUUCUCCUUCCCAUUGUGGUGAUAGAAAGCCUGCCCAUGAUGGUACAUGGAAACGCCAAGUGAAACUGGAACUAUUCUAGAACAUUCAAUUUAUAUAAAAAAUAAAGGUUCCGUAGAAAAAAGCAAACGUGUUCUUUUC